AUGUCCAGGGCACCUUCAAGUAUUGAAUCUAGAGUGAAGAAAUUGUCAGAAACAACAGAUUUACUAAACACAAGUGACUCAGAGAAGGCCCAGAACCGAGUGUCCCCUCCUGCAGAAGCAAGUACCUCUGGACUGCCCUCUGGACAAAAAUUGGAACUCAGGAGUGAGGAAACUGAAGCGAAGACGUAUAGCCUGCGAGAAAGAAAGGGUCGUACAUACGAGGAGGUCGAAGAGCCUGAAGAUGAUGACUACUUAUUUUGUGAGCAUUGCCAGAACAUCUUCAUCGACAGCUGUCCGGCUCAUGGACCCCCUACAUUUGUAAAAGACAGUGAAGUAGCCAUGGGGCAUCCCAACCGCUCAGACCUCACUUUGCCCCCUGGGCUGAGAAUUGGACCGUCGGGCAUCCCCGAGGCCGGGCUUGGAGUAUGGAAUGAGGCAUCCGAUCUGCCGUUGGGUCUGCACUUUGGCCCCUAUGAGGGCCAGAUCAAAGAAGAUGUACAGUCAGCCAACACUGGCUACUCCUGGGAGAUCAGCAAGGGGAGAAACCGCUGUGAGUAUGUGGAUGGAAAGGACAAAUCUCGGGCCAACUGGAUGAGGUACGUGAACUGCGCCCGGGACGAUGAGGAGCAGAACCUGGUGGCCAUUCAGUACCACGGGCAGAUCUUCUAUCAAACUUGUCAGGUCAUCAAGCCGGGCUGUGAACUGCUGGUCUGGUAUGGGGACGAAUAUGGCCAGGAGCUGGGUAUCAUCUGCGACAGGGAGCCGAAGGACGAGCUCACGGCAGAGAGAGAACCGAAGCCAGAGAUCCACCCAUGUUCUUCAAGCCCUCUGGCCUUCUCCAAUCAGAAAGGCAUCAGGAAACAUGUGAAACGCGAUUACUCCUCUCAGACCUUCCCAGCGACAUCUGCAAGAGAACAUCUCCAGGCAGGCAAUCUCUAUCCAGUUGCUCAGAAUCCGGAGCAGCAACGUUCUGAUCCACACAGCUGGAAAGACGAGGGCGAAGUCAGGCGGGAGUGGGGCGCGAGGGCCAAGGUCCAGCAGGGGAGACCACCGGGGCGCUGGAGGCACAAGGCCCACAUGGAUCGACGGGGGUUCACGUGUUUCCGAGUCCUCAGCCCACGGACGGCGAUUAGCCCUGCUGCAGCUGAAUGCGUCCUCCAGUUUCUGUCGAGGCCACCGUUCCGGCCUCCUCGGGCCCAGUGCAGUGGCCUCUUUCCUCCCUGUGUUCAAACUUCCUUUGGGGACUUAAAAGCACCUCUUUGCCCGCUGCUCUCCUUGCCCUCUUGGUUUGAGGAUGGACAGAAAAGGGAGUGUUGGCCAAAAAAUGUGGUAGACCACGGGACCUUCAGUGUGGCCUCUGUGACAGUGGUGUCCCACGCAGCCGUGUGCGUCCUUCCCCCUGAAACGCAUUCUCUCAGCUUCAGGGAGUCAGACUGUGUCCGGUGGUCUGGGCAGGUGUUUGUGGCUCCAUAA